ACCACACCUCUUUCUCAAUAAUCACCCCCACAUGGUUUUGUAGCAAUGCACCCAAAGCACCUCUGUCCCACUCCACUCCAUCUCUCCCAACACUUUUUUAAUUUGACAAGUUUUGUGUGAGUGAAACUCUACUUGUGUUCUUUGUCCUUUGGUUUGUUUUCCAUUUUCUUUCUCAGCUAAAAUUGGAGGUGUGAGUUUAAUGCACUUGUAUCUUGUUGUUUCCAUGAGAAACUGCUGAAGCAGUCUUUUGCAGUGUUGUUGUUGUUGUUGUUGUUGUUAUUGUUAUUAUUGUUGUUGUCUUUUUGGUUUCAAGCAUGUCAGCAAAGUUUCUUCAUUCUUUUGCUGAUGAGAGCCAGGAGUUGCAGAAGCAAAUUGGUUGUAUGACUGGGAUUCUUCAGAUGUUUGACAGGCAUCAUCUUAUCACUGGAAGGAGAUCCCAUGGUUCUCAUACUCAUAACAGGCUUCCUUCAGGUCAUGGACAUCCAAACAAUAUUAAUCAUAGAUCAGAUGUUCUUGUUCUGGAGAAAAAUUCAAGCAAGAGUUUCAGCGAGAACCGGAGGGUUUCAAUGGAAUCAUCCAGGAAUUCCUUCUCAUCUUCAUCCUGUUCUUCAUCAUUCUCUUCUUUGGAUUGUAACAAAUCAACACAAGAACCUUCAUCAUCAUUUGACCGGUUCAUCGCACAAGAUAUCUCUUCACCAAGUCCACCGUUGGAUUCAUCGGUGCACUCUCGCCGGCAGUCCCUUGAUUUCCGAGAAGUUGUGAAGGAUUCCAUUAAUAGAGAUAGUAGUAGUUUGUCGGUUAAAACUUCUUCAAAGAAGGAAUCGAAGAACAAUGGAUUGAAUUUGAAGCCUAGAGACUCUCCGAGGCCUAUUACCGGUCUCAAUGAUCCACGUAGAGUUCUUGUGAAGCUAAAAGAAUCACCUUGGAAUUAUCCAGAAACUAGUGAGCUACCGAGAUUGUCAUAUGAUCGAAAAGAUGCUUCCAUUUUGUCGGAAUCAAGAGACACUCCUAGAUUUUCAUAUGAUGGACGAGAGGCUUCGCGGAUGUCUCUUGAUUCCAGAGACAAUGGAAGGUUUGUCUCUAAACUUAGAGAGGCUCCAAGGCUGUCAUUGGAUAGCCGGCAAGGAAAUGCGAGGAAUUCUAAUUUGCAUUCGAAGUUGAAUUCAAUACUCAAUGAUUAUGAUUCUGUUAGUGUCCAUCAAAGAUCUUCUUCUAUGGCUUCGAAUGUUGUCGCGAAGCUUAUGGGAUUGGAAGCACUGCCAAGUAAAGAGAGUGCUAAUAACAUCUCAUUGACGCCAUUGAAGAGUUCGGUCAAGGACCCUCUGACACCGAGACCGAAAAAUCGUGAUACUGUAAUGAAACCAAUGGCGAAUUCAAGGCUUCCGAUGGAAACUGCUCCUUGGAAGCAACAUGAUGAGAAGGUUUGCACCCCAAAAAAAUCAGGAUUUGGAAAUCGCGAAGUUCCAGUGAAGCAGCAAACUGAAACUGUUUACAGUGAAAUCGAAAGGAGACUAAAAGAGCUUGAGUUCAGACAAUCCAAUAAAGAUCUCAGAGCUCUUAAGCAGAUUUUGGAUGCAAUGCAGGACAAAGGGAUGUUGAAGAAAUCAAAAGGCGAAGAACAAAACUCUGAAGCACCAUCAUCCUGGGAAACCACUCGAACGAAGGUUGCUCAGAAUGUUAGAUCAACAAUGAUUCGAAACCAAGUGGUUUCACAUUCAUUUCCUUCACUGCCGAAAAGUGUUGCUAGUCCAAGAGCUUAUGAGUCUCCAAUUGUUAUCAUGAAGCCUGCCAAAAGUGUUAGGAAAUCAGGUCUUACCGGCUCGUCAGUAAUUCAUUUGGAAGGCUUACCGAAGCUUCAGAGGCUGAACACAAGUGAAGUUUCAGUGAAAAAGAAGCCGACAAGAGACCGAACUAGAGCCACGAACAGAGUAGAAGAUAGCAAUUUGCAGAGAAAUCCAUCAAGAUUGAUACCGAAAGCAAACACUGGAAACUCAGUUAAGACUACGAAUUCGUUGAGCCCGAGAUUGCCGCAGAGAAAACUCGAUGCGGAGAAGAAAUUAAAUCGUCCACCUAUUCCUUCUUCGGAAACAAAUAAGCAUCGAAAACAGUCUGUAAGUAAGCAGCCAUCAGAAUCAGUUUCGCCGAGAGGUAGACUCGGGCGAAAAUCAGUUCAAGUGCCACCAAAUGAGGAUCAAUUGAGUGAAGCAAGCAGUGAAACAACAAGAAAUCUCAGGCAUCAAGGUGAUGAUAUUUCUGUACAAUCAGAUAAUAAUAUUAGCUUGGCAUCAGAGGUAGACAAUAUUGAUGUAACAAGUGCUGCUAUUUCCGAAGAAAUGCAAGAUCGCGAGAGUUCUUCAUUGGAAAAGAAAUCACAGGUUAAUCUGAAUGAAGUUGUCUUAACUGUUGUUCCUGAACAACCAAGUCCUGUGAGUGUCCUAGAUGCCUCAUUUUACCAGGACGAAUUGCCGGUGAAAAGGAUUUCAAAUGAAUUUAAAGAUGACGUUGGCUCAGAGAAUUCGAUUUCUGAAGUUGAUCGCAAGAAGCUUGCAAACAUUGAGAUAUUGGUUCAGAAGCUGUGUCAGCUAAGCUCAACUGAUGCCGAAACUCAAACUGCUGAUCACAUUGCCUCAUUGUGUGAAACUCAGAAUCCCGACCACCGAUACGUAUCGGAGAUCCUCCUGGCCUCAGGCCUUCUAAUGAAAGAUCUAACAUCCAGAUUAACAGCUCCAAUGUCCAUUCAACUUCACCCUUCCGGCCACCCGAUAAACCCUGACUUAUUCACUGUCCUCGAACAAACAAAAUCAGGCUUGCUCUCUCAACUCAAACCUGUCCCUGAAACCAAUCUCAAGCCAAAGUCUAGCCCAGAGAAGCUUCACCGAAAGCUUGUUUUCGAUGUGGUAAAUGAAGUACUAGUCCAGAAACUAGAAUUAACAAAUCAUGAUCCUCUUUCCACCUUAUUCAUCAGAACCAGAAAAUUUGCAAGGAAUCUUCCUACCGGACAUCGGUUACUCAAAGAAGUUUGUGCAGAGAUUGAUGAACUGCAGUCUGAGAGCUCAAAGGAUGUCAAUGGUGAGGAAAACAACAACUUGAUAUCCGGCGAACAUGUGCUUCAACAUGAACAAGGAUGGGAGAACUUUGGAACAGAAAUGCCGAGUUUGGUCUUAGAGAUCGAAAGAUCGAUAUUCAAGGAACUCAUUGAUGAGGUUGUGUGUGGUGAAACUAAUGCUGCUGCUGGAUUGCAUGCAAAAUUAAGCAGAAGAAGAAGACAAUUAUUUGCCAAGUGAUUGCACUCAUUCAUGCACUAGUUUUUUAUUUUCUUCUUUCCUUCAAUAGAAAAUAUAACUACUAGUGAAUAAAUUUGUAUACAAAUUGUUUAAAUUUGGAAUUUAUGUCCAAAUGUUUGCUGAUUUCUGAGAAAUGAAUGAAGUUAUUGAAGUUAGUGAUCUAAAAUUGUUUGCAAAAAC